GACGGAGAGAGAGAUAGUGACUGAUUUCAUUAUUCCUCUUUUUUAAAUCAGAUAAUCUGCUCUGCAUCCAUCAGCUCUCCAGGAGAUAAACGGAAACCACACCGCAGCUAAAGGAUUAACCGGUGAACAAGGGCGUUUCACUUCCGUCACACAAAUAUGACGUCAGCUGCCAGAUGAAUUUGGCGCGCGCGAGUUGGUCAGCCGAGCGGCGAGUGUUGUUAAAAUGGCCAUAGCGAUGUACCUGGAGCAUUACCUGGACAGUAUCGAGGGUCUUCCCUUCGAGCUGCAGAGGAAUUUCUCACUCAUGACGGAUCUGGACAACAGGACCGAAGAGAAGAAAGUGGAGAUCGACGGCCUGGCGUCUGAGUACAUGGAGAGCGUGAGGAACCUGUCUCCUGAGGAACGCGUGCAGCACCUGAAGAGGAUCGAGCUGGCCUUCAGCAAGUGUCUGGAGUUCAGCGACGAUAAAGUGCAGCUCGCCAUGCAGAUAUACGAACUGGUGGAUAAACACAUCCGGCGUCUGGACGCUGAUCUGGCCCGCUUUGAGAACGAGCUGAAGGAUAAACUGGACUCGAGCGGUCUGGACAGCUCCGACGACAAGAAGAGCAGAAAGAAGAAGAACCUGAAGGACAGAAGAGGAGGAAGUGGGAGAGAAAAGAAUGCUUCUGGUCACGACUCUCCAAAACACAAAGUACAGAAGAACAGUGACGUUCUGCUGGACGUUAACUCACCUGAUGUUCUGGACAUGCCUGUGGACCCCAACGAGCCCACGUACUGUCUGUGUGCUCAGGUCUCUUAUGGAGAGAUGAUUGGCUGUGACAACGCUGAUUGUCCGAUCGAGUGGUUUCACUUCUCCUGUGUGGGUCUGACGACUAAACCCAAAGGGAAAUGGUUUUGUCCUCGGUGUACACAGGACAUGAAGAAGAAAUGAGGCUGGUGUUCUCGCUGCUGCACUUUAAUCCCAGACUUCAACACACACACACACACACACACACGUCUAAGAAUAAUGUGAUAUUUUAAUAAAUGCAGAUUAUGCACUGUCCGGUUUCGACCAGGAAACUCUUCAUAGUUUCAGAUGUUCUCUUUAAAUCUGUAUUUUAUAAUUAAAGUUCUUUAAUGUGGCCUUUA